AUGAGCGGCGCCCCGGGCUCGACGGCGGACGGCGCGGGACCGUCGGGAGCGAAGAAGCACAACUUCAAGGUCGUGACCGGGUUCACCCCAGCGCAGUUGGAGCGCCUGCGAGAGCAGAUCACGGCGUUCAAGAAGCUCAAGAAGAACGAGCUAGACUUUCCGAUCCCGGGAUUGCCGAACGUCAUCGCGCGAGAGCACGUCGCGCAGCGCGCGAAGAUGCUCGCCAUGCAGCGCGAGAACGCCGCGGCGGCGAGCGCACCGCAAGCUCAAGCUCGCGGCGGCGGUCCCGUCGGCCUCCCGGGGCGCGCGGUCGCGAACGCGCACCCGGUCGCGUUACCCGGCAAGGUGGUCGCGUCGGGGGGGUCGGGAGGAAGAGGCGGCGGCGGCGGCGGCGGCGGCGGCGGCGCGCCGUCGAAGCGAUCGCAUCGCGGCGCCGGCCAGGGCGGCCCGCCGCCGCUGCCUCCCGUGAUGCACCGCCCGAUGCCUAAGCCCGUGACGUCGAUGCCGGCCUGGUGGAAACCGCGGGAGCGGCCCAUCUACGACCUCGCCGCGGACGCCGCGAGCGGGCCGGGCAGGGAUCAGUACGGGUACAAGCCGGCGCCGAUGCGUCGCGAUCUGAGAGCGCUCGUCGAGGCGGAGGCGGACCGCGCGCUCAGAGCGCGCAGAGAGCGACGGCUCGUGGAGAUCAAGGAGGAGCUUCGCGAGCUGGCGGGCGGCGGCGGCGGCGGCGGGAAGAGCCAUCAGGCGCGGCGGGCGCUGCAGCUCGAGGAGCGGUCGCUUCGUCUGGUCGGGUUGCAGGACAAGGUUCGCGCGAGCUUGGUGCGCGAGCAGCGCGAGCUCAUGAGCAUGGGGGAGCGGCCGUACAAGAAGCUCGUGCGCGAGUUGGAGAAACAGAGGGAGGUGAGCGCGAAGGCGGAGGUGAAGCGCGCGAGGGAGGAGCGCGAGGCGCACUUCAAGGCGAUGAAAGCCAGGCGGCAGGUCAUCUUCGAGGAGAGCGGCGUGGCGCGGGAUUUGUGCGUCACGCGGAAUAGGCAGAUCUUGAAAGUCCACGAGCGGAUGUCUAAAGACUGGGCCAGGCGGCAGCGGGACGUGCAAAACGCGGCGAACCAGGCGCUCGCGGCCGCGGGCGCGAACGCCGCCGGCGCGGGGAACGCGGGCGGCGCGGCGUCGAACGCCGACUACCUCAAGCGCGUGGAGGCUUUAAAGGCGAACGACAUGGAGGCGUACAGGGAGCUGCUCGCGGAGGCGAGAGGGAGAGAGGGCGCGAUCGGCGCCGGCGACGGCGACGCGGGCGACGACAAGUUCGCCGCGCUGCAGGAGUUCCUGGAGAAGACCGAGGGGUACCUCGAGCAGCUCGGGGGGAAGAUCGCGGCGCUGAAGUUGGAUCAGCAGCGCUCGGAGGCGGCGGCGGCGGCGGCGGCGGAGGCGGAGGCGCAGGGGAUGACCGAGGAGGAAGUCAUCGAGUUCGCGACGCGCGCGGCGGACAAGGCUGCCGCGGACGGCGGCAGGAAUCUCCUCGAGGCUGCCUCCGCGGGCGACGGCGGGGACUCGAAGCAGAAGUACUACGCCCUCGCGCACACGGAGACGGAGAAGAUCAUCCGCCAGCCGCGGAUGCUCACCGCGGGAUCUCUCCGCGACUACCAGCUCGUGUCCUUGCAGUGGAUGAUCUCGCUGUAUAACAACAAGCUGAACGGCAUCUUAGCCGACGAGAUGGGUCUGGGAAAAACGGUUCAAGUGUGUGCGUUGAUUGCGUACCUGUGGGAGAGCAAACAAAACUACGGCCCGCACUUGAUCAUCGUGCCCAACGCGGUCAUCGUGAACUGGAAGUCGGAGAUCAAGACGUGGCUGAAAAACGUUCAGGCGGUGUACUACGUCGGCGGCCGCGAACAGCGGCAGAAGAUCUUCACGCAGCAAGUUUUGCAGCUCAAGUUUAACGUCUUAGUCACGACGUACGAGUUCGUCAUGCGCGACAGAGCGAAACUGUCCAAGGUGAACUGGAAGUACAUCAUCAUCGACGAGGCGCAGCGGUUGAAGGACCGCGAAGGACGGCUCUCGAGGGAUCUCGACCGGUUCCGGUGCAUGCGACGGUUGCUUCUCACGGGGACGCCGCUUCAGAACGACCUCAGCGAGCUUUGGUCGCUUCUGAACUUGUUGCUCCCGCAGGUGUUCGACAACGCGCGGAUGUUCCAGCAGUGGUUCGGGGACAGCGGGAACUCGAAGAAAGCCGCGGCGAUGCCCGACGGCGACGGAGGCGAAAUCGACUGGAUCGAAAAAGAAAAGAAGAUCAUCAUCAUCUCCCGGUUGCACCAGAUCCUCGAGCCGUUCAUGCUUCGACGGUUAGUCCAAGACGUCGAGAGCAAGCUCCCGGCGAAGCACACGAUCGUCGUCCACUGCCCGAUGAGCGCGUACCAAGCCGCGGUGUACGACUGGGUCUCGAAGACGUCCACGGUGCGAAUGGAACCCAACGCGAGAAUCGGCCUCGCCGCGCGCGCAAACUUUCGCGGCUACCUUCCGCUGCAGAACCGAUGCAUGGAGCUCCGCAAGCUGUGCAACCACCCGGCGCUGAACUAUCCGAUCGCGAAAGGCGGCGAGUGGCGCUCCGGCCCGGACCUCGUCCGCGCGGGCGGGAAGCUGUGGGUGUUGGACCGCGUGCUCGUGAAGCUUCGCGCGAGCGGCCACCGCGUGCUGUUGUUCAGCACGAUGACGAAACUGCUGGACCUCCUCGAGGACUACCUCAAGUGGCGCGCGUCCACGCCGAUUUGCGAGGGCUUGGAGUGGUGCCGCAUCGACGGCACGACGCCGCUGGACGAGCGCGAGGUUGCGAUCACGCAGUUCAACGAGCGCGACUCGAAAAAGUUUCUGUUCCUUCUCUCCAUUCGCGCCGCCGGCCGCGGGUUAAACCUUCAGACGGCGGACACGGUGGUCGUGUACGACCCGGACCCGAACCCGAAGAACGAAGAGCAAGCCGUCGCGCGGUCGCAUCGCAUCGGGCAAAAACGGGAGGUCAAAGUCAUGCACUUCGAGGCUGUCGUCGACGCCAUCGGCGGCGCGAACGACGAGGGCGGCGUCGGCGGCGGUCCGCUCGCGCCCGCGGCGGCGGCGGCGGCGCCUUCCACGGACGCGCCCGCCGCGUCCUCUCCCGGGACGUGCGGGCUCGACGACACGACGUGGGGCACCGGCGGCGAGCGGACGUACACGGAGAGCGUCGAGUCCGUGGUCAGGAACGUGAUACAGCAGCAGAAGAUCGAGAUGGCGGACGAGGUGAUCAACGCCGGGCGGUUCGAUCAGCAGACGUCGCACGCGGAGCGUCGCGAGACGCUCGAAAAGAUCAUGAGAGAACAAGAGGGUGGCCCGAAGCGAUCGUGCGCGGCAAUGUCCAUGCGCGCGCUGAACGAGAAGCUCGCGCGGACGCCCGCGGAGGUGGAGCUGUUCAAUAAGAUGGACAACGACGAAACGCUCUGGCCGGGGGGGUUAACGACCGCGAACGAGACGCCCUAUUGGCUUCGGUACGACGUCGCGACGCGCGACGAAGCCGUCGCGUCCACGGCGAAGGCGCCGCCGGGACGCGCGGGGGACGUCGCGGAGGCGCACAGAGUCGCCGCCGCGCAGCUCGCGUCCGGAGUGAUCUUAGGCCGAGGCGAGCGAAGCAAAGGCGGGUUCGUGCCCGGGUUAUACAAGGCCCAGAACGCGGCGCUCACGGGCGCGGACGCGGCGGCGGUGAUGCAACGCGCCGCCGCGGCGGAGGCGGCCGCAGCCGCUGCGGCGACCGAGGGCGCGGCGACCGCCGCGGUCGAGGCCGCCGCGGUCGACGUCGAACCGGCGACCGCGCCGCCGCCCGUCCAACCCGCCGCCGCCGCCGUCGACGUCGACGUCGCGGCGGAGCUCGACGAGCCGCCCGUCGUCCUCGCGGACGACGACGACGACGCGUCCGAGGUCACGGAGAAGGACGACGACGACGACGACCUCGACCUCGGCGUGAGCUCGCGCGGGGACGAGGGCGAGGGGGACGAGAUCAACCUCGACGACGUCGAAGAGGAGGAGUGGGACGAGGACGGCGUCGGGACGAUCGGGGAGCAGAUCCCGCGAGGGGAGGACGACCACCACGUCCUUCCGACGGAGUCCGCGAUGGAUUUGACCGCGAUGGACGACGCGGCGGUACAGGCGGCGCCGCCGCGGCCGGCGUUGACGUUCAGGCUCGGUGGCGGCGGCGGCGGCGGCGGCGGCGGCGAGGGCGGCGAGGAGGAUAAGAAGCGGAAGCGGGACGAAAAAGAAGAGGAGGAUGGCGCGUAG